AAUAAAUCAUACAACUCAAUUAGCGGCCUAGUGUCAGGUGUAACACCUUCUACUUACCGUCAUGCAAAUCACACAAAUUCGAAGUAAGAAAACGUACCUGGUCAUCCUUGUUCAAUCAACUCCAACAAUAACAUAUAAUAUAAUUAAAUCAUAAUUCAAUUGUAACAAAUAAACCACGUAAUCAAUCAUACGAAACUACGAACGUGAAUUUCAAAUCUAUAUACAUAAUCUAGCGUUAGAUGUGCAAGUUCUGACCUCGAUAAUUAGACGAAUUAAACAAAACAAGAAUCAAUUGGUCGGGCUGUUUCCGGAGAUCCCAAUGGCAGCGGCGACACAGGACGACGGUGGCGGUGUCGAGCUCCUUCCCUCCGACUCUGGUCUGCGGUUGCUCUCUCCUUCUCUUUUACCGUCGCACAAAGUAUUCUGUAGACCUUGUCCGGACGAAGAAGGCCGCCACCGUGACAAGCGUCCCAAGAAUCACCGCCACCACCACCACCAACUUCUCCUCCUCCCAGAUGUUCAUAUUUCAGACACCCUUCGUUUGAACAGGUGGGAGAGCAUUGUGACUGUGGAGAGCAUAACCGUGAAGCACAUCAAACACGGCGGCACUUGUGCUAAAAUCUACGGGAAUGUGAUUGCUUCUGACGACGAUAACCAGCAGGUGUUGUUUCGCCUCAAACCAUGCGAAAGCGAUGCGAAAACAAUCGGAGAUGAUUUAAAACUCAAAGGCCCUCAUUUUUCUGCUCUUGAUCCAAGCCCUUGGGGCAGCAUUGGGAUCAAUUACCUCGUUGAGGACCGUGGCGAUGGCUAAGAGAGAGUUUUUGCUAGAGGCCUUAUCGACGUUGAGGAAGGCGGUUAUUCCGAGGUGGACGUGGAAGGUGAUGGCGGAGCUGUGAGUGUUGCUUAUG